AUGUCUGCCCCCUCCCCUCCCCCGUCUCACCCUUUCUUUCCUCCCAGCCCAGGCCAGGCAUCGCGCAAAGCGAAAGGCCUACAUAGAACAGGUGCGCCCAUCGCCGCGGACCUUGUCACCCCACCCGACGCUUACCACCUUCCUUCUCCUUUCCAGCUCGAGCAGACCGUCACCAAACUCCAGACCGUCCUCGCCCUCUCCCCCGAUCAGGUCGCCACCCUCCCGCCCCCGCUCGUGCGCAUCCGCGAGCUCGAAGAGGAAAACGAGAUCCUCCAUCGCGAGAUUGACGACCUCCGCCGCCAGCUCGAGCAGCGCAACGCGCGUCUCCGCCCCGACAUCACGCGUCGGACAGACCUCCUCACCCUGGCGGACGACGGCGACCGCGACGGGCGACGGAGGAGACUGGCCGACUCGACGCUCUACAUGGUGCGUACUCUCCCGUGGCCGCUCCACGCCGCCAAUGCUUCACUCACACCGCGCGCCGCAGAACUACUCCGCCUCGUCGUCGCAGAGCUCGACGGACUCGCAGUCCCACGCCGCCCCACCCCCUCUGAUGAUACCCCCCUCGACGAACAACAACUCACAUACCGCCUCGCAGCUGUCUGCCGCGUACCAGCGCACGGCGGCGUCCUCUUCCUUCCUGCCCUCCUACGGCCUGCUGGGCUACCCCAUGCCAAGCACUCCCUCUGGGUCGAGCUCGACCUCGAGCCCGUCAUUCUCGGCGAGUACCUCUUCCGCUCUGCCAGAUUUGUGGUUUUACACAUCGGCGCACCUGGAGAACUCUGGAUCCUAGUAACCGUAUUUCUUUCUUCUCACCAGCAGCCAAGCGACUACGAGCCGCCCGCGCAAGCACACACCCGCCCCGCCACCGCUGCCGCCGCCGCCGCGCCGGCUCCCCAAAAUCUGCUGUCACCGUAUUCGCACGCGGCGAACGACUACAAUAAUUUUGUCAAGUUGGAGGAUGAAUGCUACCAGGCGAGUCGCCGUCGUUUUUGA